CAACAAAGUGGUAUCACAGCUAACUUCCAAAGAUGAAUAGCACUUUUCCAUUUGUAGUUCCCAAAUUGACGAAGGAGAUUUAUGGACAUUGGUGUAUCCGCAUGAAGGCACUGCUUGGCUCACAGGAAGCAUGGGAGGUUGUUGAGAAAGGCUAUGAUGAACCAGAGAAUGAAGAGAGCUUGGAUGAAGCUCUGUUUGAGAAAGUUGCUACUGCAACAAAGGCUAAGGAAGCCUGGGAGAUUCUUGAGAAUAAUUUCAAAGGAAUUGACAAAGUGAAGAAGGUUCGCCUUCAGACUCUUUGUAGUGAGUUUGAAUCUCUACAUAUGAAGGAGUCUGAAUCUGUUUUCGACUAUUUCACUAGAGUGUCUUCCAUUGUCAAUAAAAUGAAGCGUUAUGGAGAGAAGAUUGAAGAUGUACGUGUUGUGGAGAAGAUUCUCAAGUCACUUGACUCAAAACUUGAGUUUGGAGAACAGUGGCCCAAGUUCUCCAAACUAAGGUCUCUUUGGGAGAACAAGAGAAAGAGCAGGGACGAUGUCAAGGAAGAGGUCAAAGUUGAGGUCGAGGCUGAAGUCGUGGUCGUGGCCGAGGAAGAAAUGAAGGUGGCCAAAAUUCUAACAAUGAAGGAUCAAGUAAUCAACUACGAGGAUGUGGAAAUUAUGGUUCAAAGAGAGGUAGUGGAAGAAGCAAAAGAAGAAGAAGAAUUGCUGCUGUUGAUGGCAACUAAAGAAGAAAGAGAUACGGAGCAUGGCAAUAUUAUAUUUGGAGAUGAUACCAAAGACCCAAUCAAAGGCAAAGGUGAUGUUCUCAUCCGUUCGAAAAACGGAAGUCACCUUUUAAUUACUCAAGUUUAUUACGUGCCCACUUUGAAAUCUAAUAUUUUAAGCUUGGGACAAUUACUUGAGAUGGGGUAUGACAUUCACUUGAAGAAUGGUUACCUUACUUUGAGAGAUGGUUCACACAACUUGGUUGCAAAGGUACCUACGGAGAAGAAUAGAAUGUUUUUGCUCAAUGUUCACGUGGAUCAUCCAAGAAGCUUGAAGACUUGUGUUGAAGAAGCUUCUUGGCUUUGGCACUUGAGACUGGGGCACUUGAAUUUUGGUGGCUUGAAGGCUUUAGCAAGUGAAGAGAUGGUGAAUGGGUUAGAUUAUCGAAUGAUAGUGACUGGGGUGAUGAUGUUGAUGAUCGGAAAAGCACCACCCACCAGCUUUUUAUUUUUCUUGGGUGACACCGCUUUCACUUGGUGUUCAAAAAAGCAACCCAUUGUGAUUCUCUCUACUUGUGAAGCUGAAUAUAUUCCUGCUGCAUCAUGUGUCUGUCAUGCAAUUUGGCAAAGGAAGUUGUUGGAGAUGCUGCGCAUGCCUCAAGAUGAAGCUACAACCAUUUACAUAGAUAACAAGUCAGCUAUUGCUUUGGGAAAGAAUCCAAUGUUUCAUGAUUGAAGCAAGCAUAUAGACACCAGAUAUCACUUCAUAAGGGAGUGCAUUGAGAGGAAAAAUGUAAAGCUUGCCUAGGUGGAGACUAAUGAUCAAAUUGCAGAUAUUUUCACUAAGGCAUUGAAGUUUGAAGAUUUUGUAAGACUGCAUGCUUGGAUUGGAGUGACUAGAGGUGAUGAAGUUUAAGGGGGGGUGUUGGAAAAAUAAACUUGAUUCAUUAAUCUCCUAUUUUUAGUCAUGUACCUGCAUAGUUCAUGUACCCAUUGCAUUUUAUCUUUACAGCUUUCAGGAGUUGCAUUUAAUUAGAACUGUUUUGGGUUUGUUUAAAGUAUGUGGGAGUCUUUUGUGCCUAUAAAAGAGCUUGUACUUGAGUAUUUGUAUAUCCAAGCCAAGAAAUCAGAAGCAUUCUGAAAAGUUUCUUCUUGUGUUCUUCUCCAGUCUUUCCUCCCAAAGUUUUCUAUUUCCAACAACGUAGACCACCAGAAAAUCUAAUAGAUAUAUUCUUUGACA